ACCGGAAGCGCUCGGCUUGGUCCGGAAGUACUGCUGACUUACCGCACGUGAGCGGUAGCAUGGCAGCCCACCGGUCUGGCCCGCUUAAGCAACAUAAUAAAGCUCAUAAAGGCGGGCGGCAUCGGGGUCGAGGAUCCGCACAGCGGGACGGCAAGGGCCGUGUAGGACUGAAAGUCCUGUGCAAGAAGGUGAGAAGAGAGCUCAGCAGAGUCGACCAGAGACAUCGAGCCAGCCAGCUGCGAAAGCAGAAAAAAGAGGCGGUUCUGGCAGAGAAGAGACAGCUAGGCAGCAAAGAUGGGGCUCCUCACCAGGUGCUGGUGGUGCCUUUGCAUAACAGAAUUUCUUUGCUUGAAGCCCUUCACCUGCUUCAGGAUAGGAACGUGGGAACAGUGCACGUGCAGGAAUGGGAGAGAACCCAUCGUUUUAUGCUGCUGUGCCCCCAAUUGAAACAUCGAUGGUUUUUUACAUCUGCAAAGCCAGGGGAUCUGCACACUGUAUUAGACAUGGCUAAAGUGGCUGAUACCAUCCUGUUCCUCCUUGAUCCAUUAGAAGGCUGGGACAGCACUGGGGAUUACUGCCUUUCCUGCCUCUUUGCUCAGGGCCUUCCUACCCAUACACUUGCUGUCCAAGGGGUUUCUUGCCUCCCACCGAAGAAGCAGGUAGAUUCCAGAAAGAAGCUAAGUAAAGUAGUGGAGAAGCGCUUUCCUGAUGAUAAACUUUUUCUGUUAGACACUCAGCAAGAGGCACAGUUGCUGCUUAGACAGUUGGCUAACCAAAAACAAAGACAUCUUGCUUUUCGAGAUCGUCGGGCCUACUUGUUUGCACAUGCUGCUGAUUUUGUGCCUGGUGAACAGAAUAAAUUGGUGGGCACCUUGAAAAUUUCAGGCUAUGUUCGUGGGCAGAAUUUGAAUGUAAAUAGCUUGCUGCAUAUUGUUGGACAUGGUGAUUUUCAGAUGAAACAGAUUGAUGCCCCUAUGGACCCUUUCCCUUUAAAUCCUAGAGUGAUUAAAUCUCUGAAGGAUCCAGGCAUGGUGAUGGAGGUUUGUACUACAGAUGCUGUAGCUGAUAUGGAAGACCUUAAGGUUCUAAUGAAGGCAGACCCUAGCAGACAGGAGUCUUUGCAAACAGAGGUUAUCCCAGAUCCGAUGGAUGGGGAGCAAACCUGGCCUACUGAAGAGGAGCUGAGUGAGGCAAAGGACUUGUUGAAGGAAAGUUCCAAGGUGGUAAAGAAGGUUCCCAAAGGAACGUCCAGUUACCAAGCUGAAUGGAUUUUGGAUGAGGGUGGUGAAAGUGAUGGGGAAGGAGAGGACUAUGAUGAUAUAAAACAUGAGGAUUUUAUGGAAGAGGACUCUCAGUAUGAGAGUAGUGAAGAAGAAGAAGUGGAGGAAUGUGAAACUAUGACAAUAGGGGAGUCUGUGCAUGAUGAUUUGUAUGAUGAAAAAAUGGAUGAGGAGGCUGAGGAAAAAAUGUUGGAGAAAUAUAAACAAGAAAGAAUGGAAGAGAUGUUUCCAGAUGAAAUAGACACACCUCGUGAUGUGCCUGCUAGAAUUCGAUUUCAGAAAUACAGAGGCCUCAAGAGCUUUCGGACAUCUCCAUGGGAUCCUAAGGAAAACCUUCCUCGAGAUUAUGCUCGUAUCUUUCAGUUUCAGAACUUUGCUAAUACUAGGAAAUGCAUCUUUAAAGAGAUUGAGGAAAAAGAGGCUGAAGGGGCUGAGGUUGGCUGGUAUGUCACACUUCAUGUCUCUGAAGUCCCUGUCUCAGUGGUUGAGGACUUCAGGCGAGGAGCACCCUUGAUUGCAUUUUCUUUGCUACUUCAUGAACAGAAGAUGUCAGUAUUGAACAUGGUGGUGAGCCGGAACCCUGGAAACACUGAACCCGUGAAAGCCAAAGAGGAACUGAUUUUCCAUUGUGGAUUCAGACGUUUCCGAGCCUCACCUUUAUUCUCUCAGCACACUGCAGCGGAUAAACACAAAUUUCAGAGGUUUCUGACUGCUGAUGCAGCCUUGGUGGCAACAGUAUAUGCACCAAUUACUUUUCCUCCUGCAUCUGUGCUUCUUUUCAAGCAGAAAAGCAACGGAAUGCACAGCCUUGUUGCUACAGGACAUCUGUUGUCAGUGGAUCCAGACAGAAUGGUCAUCAAGAGAGUUGUUCUGAGUGGUCAUCCCUUCAAAAUUUUUACUAAGAUGGCAGUAGUGCGAUACAUGUUCUUCAAUAGAGAGGAUGUAUUAUGGUUUAAACCGGUGGAACUGAGGACAAAGUGGGGCCGCAGGGGACACAUCAAAGAGCCUUUAGGUACCCAUGGCCACAUGAAGUGUACUUUUGAUGGGAAGCUAAAAUCUCAGGACACAGUACUGAUGAACCUCUAUAAACGUGUUUUCCCCAAAUGGACUUAUGAUCCAUAUGUAUCAGAACCAGUCCCAUGGGUGAAAAGUAAGAUUUCUUCAACAGUGCCUGAAGUGGACAUGGAAUAAUGGAUUCUACCUUACUGAUGCCAGUUAGCACUUCCAGGAUGGGAGCCUAUAAUUUGUGGUGGGGCAGUUUGUGGUUUCUGCUUUAGCCUGUCAUUUGGUGCCCUAUUUUUGGCCUAACAAAUGUCACAGUUAAGUAUGGAAGUUAUUCUACUGCAACUUUAUUAAAUCUCACUGAAAUACA